UUUAUAAAAGACACGCGAGCUGAAAGUUAAACGUCAGUUUAAAACAGAAAACACAAGAACAAAGAUAUAAUAAAGCGAAAGGCACUUAGCCAAUUUUACAAGUGAUUUUUCAAGCGAUAAAGAAAAUCAGUGAUAUUUAUUAUUUCAAAUAUUUAAUUAAUUAAAACAAAUUUGCAAAAAUGGUACGACGUGGACGUUCAGCUAGCCCCCCACCAGCCACCAGAAGGAGUGUGCCCACACAUCAUGCACCUGCACCAACACCAAAUGUGCCGGCACGCACAGCUCCGGCAGCACCCCCAGCACCAGUACAAGCAGCACCCAGUGCUGUUGGCGCACCACAGCAGCCAUCAAUGUUCCAACAAAUGGCAGCUACCGCUGGCGGUGUAGCUGUUGGUUCAGCAGUGGGUCAUACUCUUGGCGCCGGUAUUACUAGCUUGUUCAGCGGCUCUGGCGAUAAGGAGGCUGCCGCUCCCGCUGCUGCAGCAGCUCCACCAGCUCAACAGCAAUAUUAUGGCAAUGCUGCUCAGCCCAACGAGCCACAAGGUGCAUGCGCUUGGGAAAUUAAACAGUUCCUGCAAUGCGCUCAAGGCCAAUCUGACUUAACACUCUGCGAGGGCUUCAACGAAGCGCUACGACAGUGCAAGGCUCAACAUCACUUGCAAUAAAUUGUGGGCCCUACAUCAACAAACUUCAAUUAUUUAAAUAUUCAACCCGUUAUAUAAUGCUUGCUAUAAUACAAUAUUAAUCUAUGAAGUAAUUGUGAACAUAAAAAAAUUUAGUUUAGAUUUUUAAAGUUCCAUGGUUGAUUGAUUUUUCUGUGUUGCGAAAGAAAGGGAGAAUUUGUUGAAUGUUUCAGAUAAUAAGCGAAAGUCAAUAGGCCGAAUAACGACAACAAGCGCAUUUUGUUAAAUAUUUCUAGAAAAAUCUACGCAGAAAAUAUGUGCAAACAGAUAACGUGGAAGCGUUAAUUGGCAAAUGACCAAAAAACAAA